GAGAUCAGGCAGUUCUGUUAGUGGGAAAGGGGCAGCACGUGUGUCAUGGAGAGAUGCUGGUUCUUGCCAGAGGUGUCUCCUGAGCAGUAGGCUAGGCACUGACCUGCUUGUGCCUGGCUAUUCUGGUCUGUUUUUAUGCAGUGGGGCUUCCUCACAGAGCCUCCGUAUCUUUAGCCAAAAUAAUGCCUUGACUCUCUCCUGCUGGGAUGGCAGGCUGUUGCUCAUCACUUCUGUGUCCUCCUGGCCCUCUGUCCCAACAGGUGCCCCUCUAAACAGCAGACAUGUCCUGCCUUGACCAGUGCCUGCCUCGCCUGCCCUGCCAGCCCUGCGGCCCAACCCCGCUGGCCAACAGCUGCAAUGAGCCCUGCUUCAGGCAGUGCCAGGACUCCAAUGUCUUCAUCCAGCCCUCUCCCGUGGUGGUGACCCUGCCUGGACCUAUCCUCAGUUCCUUCCCGCAGAACACCGCCGUGGGAUCCUCCACCUCCGCUGCUGUUGGCAGCAUCCUCAGCUCUGAGGGUGUGCCUAUCUCCUCUGGGGGCUUUGGCCUCUCUGGCUUAGGCAGCCGCUAUAGUAGCCGGAGGUUCUUCCCCUGCUAAAGCUACUGCUGAUGGCCCUGGAGGAAAAUCCCCAGUAUUCACGAAGUCUUUGUGGGACUUGAGACAGAACACUGGAACCAGCUCAAUCACACCAACAGCUCUGAUCCAUGACUGAUAUUUCCCUUUUCCAUCUUGUUUUUCCUUCCUGUGUCCUUACUGCUCACCAUCUGCUUUCCAGGGCAGCCAUUCUCUCAAAGUCCGUGUAGGCAGGUCCUGCUUGUCUUUCUCCCUCUGUGGAAAGAGCUGCUGGACAGACAGCCAUACAUCUACCAGGUUCAAACACUGCCUACUGUCAUCUGUUGCUGGUGAUUCCUGCAUGAGCCACCACCGUAUUCUUUGUUUAUUAAA